AUGUUGCACCUUGAGUACUUCUUGGUCCUCCGGGUUGAGUUUCCUGGAGACAAAGGCUGGACCUCGGUCCUGCCGGCAUUUGAUCAGGGCUGGCUCUCCUGCGGCGCUGGCGACUUCGUGGGCAUCUUGGGCGGCUGUUUUAGCUCAGUGCUGCAGUUUCCACCCAGUCAAUUGUUACCGGUUACAUCUCAGCGGGCUGCUGAGGAGACGCCUGGAGAGGAGCAGUACAUGGGUGAAGAAGGGACGGUGACACCCCCAGAUUAUGUCUACUUCGAAAAUUCUUCAAGUAACCCAUAUUUGAUACGAAGAAUAGAAGAGCUCAAUAAGACUGCCAAUGGAAAUGUGGAAGCAAAGGUGGUAUGUUUCUACAGAAGAAGAGACAUAUCAAGUACACUUAUUGUAUUGGCAGACAAACAUGCAAGAGAAAUGGAAGAAGAGAUGGAAAAUCCAGAAAUGGUUGAUUUACCAGAGAAACAGAAGCAUCAGCUACGACAUCGUGAGUUGUUUCUUUCACGACAGCUGGAGUCUCUGCCAGCCACACACAUUAGAGGCAAAUGCAGUGUUACUCUGUUAAAUGAGACAGAAUCCCUUAAAUCAUAUCUGGAACGGGAGGAUUUCUUCUUUUAUUCACUAGUAUAUGAUCCUCAACAAAAGACCCUACUCGCUGAUAAAGGAGAGAUUCGAGUUGGAAACAGAUACCAGGCAGAUAUAACAGACUUACUAAAAGAGGGUGAGGAUGAUGGAAGAGAUCAGUCAAAACUUGAAACAAAAGUUUGGGAAGCCUUUAACCCGCUAGUAGACAAGCAGAUAGACCAGUUCCUGGUGGUAGCACGAUCUGUUGGUACAUUUGCCCGUGCUCUAGAUUGCAGUAGUUCUGUCAGACAGCCAAGUUUGCACAUGAGUGCUGCAGCAGCCUCUAGGGACAUCACGCUGUUCCAUGCUAUGGACACUUUGCACAAAAAUGUCUAUGACAUUUCCAAGGCAAUCUCUGCGCUUGUGCCACAAGGUGGGCCGGUUCUGUGCAGAGAUGAGAUGGAGGAGUGGUCUGCUUCAGAGGCAAACCUCUUUGAGGAAGCACUAGAAAAAUAUGGAAAAGAUUUCACUGACAUUCAGCAAGAUUUUCUCCCAUGGAAGUCCUUAACAAGCAUAAUAGAAUAUUACUAUAUGUGGAAAACAAAAGACAGAUACGUUCAGCAAAAACGAUUGAAAGCAGCAGAAGCAGAAAGCAAGCUAAAACAAGUGUAUAUACCCAACUAUAACAAGCCAAACCCCAACCAGAUCAAUGUAAAUAAUGUCAAACCAGGAGUGGUAAAUGGUACUGGAGUACAGGCACAGAACACGGGAGCAGGACGGGCCUGUGAAAGCUGUUAUACCACACAGUCUUACCAGUGGUAUUCUUGGGGUCCCCCUAACAUGCAGUGUCGCCUCUGUGCAUCCUGUUGGACGUACUGGAAGAAAUACGGUGGCUUGAAAAUGCCAACACGGUUAGAUGGGGAGAGACCAGGACCAAACCGCAAUAAUUUGAGCCCUCAUGGUGUACCAGUACGAAACAGUGGGAGUCCCAAGUUUGCUAUGAAGACACGACAAGCUUUCUAUCUCCAUACAACAAAACUGACAAGAAUUGCCAGACGUUUAUGUCGAGAUAUCUUGCGCCCUUGGCAUGCUGCGAGACAUCCCUAUUUGCCUAUUAACAGCGCAGCAAUCAAAGCAGAAUGCACAGCACGUUUACCUGAGGCAUCAGAAAACCCAUUGCUAUUAAAGCAAGUGGUUCGAAAGCCUUUAGAAGCAGUCCUCCGGUAUUUAGAGUCUCAUCCGUGUCCUCCGAAACCAGAUCCUGCAAAGAGCUUGUCCAGUUCUCUCAACAAUCUGACUCCUGCUAAGUUUACGCCUGUCAUUAAUAAUGGGUCCCCAACUAUCCUGGGAAAAAGAAGUUAUGAACAACACAAUGGAAUGGAUGGCAACAUGAAGAAGCGCCUGUUGAUGCCUAGCAGGGGUCUGCCUAACCACGGACAAACCAGACAAAUGGGACCAAGCCGAAACUUGCUGCUCAAUGGGAAAUCAUACCCAACAAAAGUCCGAUUAAUUCGUGGUGGAUCCAUGCCUCCAGUGAAAAGGAGGAGGAUGAACUGGAUUGAUGCACCAGACGAUGUUUUUUACAUGGCCACUGAAGAAACCAGGAAAAUCCGCAAGCUGCUUUCCUCCUCCGAAGCCAAGCGAGCCGCCAGACGCCCUUACAAGCCUAUUAUCCUCCGGCCCAUCCAGGCAGUGCAGCUACGCCAGCCCAUGAAUGAUGAACCCAUAAUCAUUGAGGAUUAA